UCCAAAUCCAAUAUCACGUGAACAGUGCCUACCAAAUGGUACUUGCAUUCAAUCUUCCUGUUUCAAUCUUAACCAUGUCGGACUCGCGAGAGAAAGAGCAAUACAUUAUGGAGUCAAAUCUAGGGGAAGUUCAACGGUUAGCAAACCAACACGAGACCAUCAAAAGCGCAAUGGAUACAUUGACAGUCGCUCCAAUCAAUUUUUCAGGGCCAUCUCUGCGCAUUCUGGACUCUGGAACUGCCGAUGGGCUAUGGCUGCGCGACCUUAGAUCUGUCGUCGGUGAGAAACACGAGUUCGUGGGCACUGAUAUUGUUGAAGCAUUCUUUCCUCAGCCUCCAUCACCCGGUGUCUCACUACAUAUCCAGUCCAUCACGCACGAAUGGCCAGCCGACCAAAUGAAGAGUUUUGACUAUGUCCAUCAGAGACUUACCCUAGCAGGAGCAGGACAGACGCCGGUCAAAGACUGUGUGGCCAGGCUGGCUGAGUUGGUGAAGCCGGGAGGGUGGGUAGAGCUCGUGGAAGCCGUCUUCGACCGCGAAAACUCAAAUGGACCGGCCCUGCAACGGUUUGAAACAAUGAUGAUUCAGAUGUUGAACAUGGUCGGGGUGGGCUCUGCAUAUGCUCGACCAUUGAAAACCUAUCUGGAACAGUCUGGGCUGGCGAACGCUAGCGGAAAGGUGUUUGAUAUACCGUACGGUGCGGCAUGUCGAGACGAGAAGAUAGCGGCUAAGAGCACAGCGCAUUUGGUGGCUGCAGCCACUGGCCUGCGCGACUUCAUACAAAGCCAAAAGGUCGACCUAGGCAUGACUGGAACUGAAUUAGAAAAAUUCCCUCAAGCGGUGAAGGAUGAAGCUGAAAGUCAGGGUGCACAUUUUGGGAUGCUGGUUGUGUGCGCCCAAAGGUUACAUUGA